UCGUUAGGCCAUUUAAAUAUUUGCAUUUAAAAUUACCAAUCAAUUUUGAGCGCAGAUCAGAGUAAGCAUGGCAACGAAUCAAUCUACAUCGUCAGAAUACACAAAUCACUUAUGAAAAUUGUAAUUUUACGUGUGAUUUGGUGCAACGUGUGAAAUUUGCACAUUUAAUUCGAAUAAUUAGUUGGUAACUCAUUUUGUCACCGCCGAAAUUAGUCAAAGCGCUAUUGUCGCAAUUGUCUGGUGCCGUGGCUCGAAGUCUUCUGCUUUUUACGAUGUGUCAGUGCGUCAGCAGACCAGCACUUGCAGCUCAUUAUUAUUAUGUAGAGCUGUUUGACAAUCGCAAGUCCCGAGAGAGAAAGGGAGAGUGAAAGAGAGAAAGAGGAAGAAUCUAAAUAAAGCUUUUGAGUUAUUUUUAAUGAUAAGUAUGAAACUUGAAUGUUUGGAAAAUCUAACAUGGAUUUGAUUAAAAUUAAGUGAAGAAAAUUCGUCAAUUUACUACUAGAGUACUGAGCAUCUCAUGUUAAGGCUUUAGAAUGUUACUAAUUGAUAUGUUGGAGGGUUUGGCACCAUGGCUAGUACCCAAUUUCUUGUACGACUGGUCGCACUAUCCGUUUAAUAUUCAAUUAAAACCAAAUACAGCUGACUUCAUUAAGAAUAGAAGCAUAAAUAUAAAUGAUAAAGUUUUAAUAUUAUAUAUCUUAGUUGCCUCAACCACCUUACAUUUGAUCUUCAAAAAAAUGCUCAAUCAAUAUUUAAGGAGAACUGGUCAUGGCUUGCUGCACAGAAAUAGAAUUUCCACUAUAACAUGGACAUAUAUUUGUAAUUUUAUGAUUCUUGUAUAUACUAUAUUUUUAUGGCAUUAUAUAUUAAAUCCAGAAAUGAAUGUGAUCAUCAUGAAAAGUUUUUAUAUACACCACAGUUUAAUAUUAUUAAGUUCUGGUUAUUGGCAAAAAGCAUUUUCAAAUAUGAUGUUUAUGCUGUUUCUAUUUGGAAUCCCUAGACAAAGUUUAAGGCCUCCAGUUUCAACCAUGUUCCUUCUUAAAUCAAUAGAUUCUUUGAUUUUUGAUAUUGUUAGAAUAUUGUAUUUAAGAUGGCCAGUAAAAGUCAAAACUUUUUAUGCAAGAAUGAUUUAUGGUCUCUACUGCAUAUAUUGGACAUAUGCAUAUAUUAUUGAUAUUCCUCUGUACAUACUACUGCCAUAUAAUUAUCAAUCUUUGAAUGAGUUACUUCUAAUUUGCCUUUGGUUCAUCUCACAGUAUUUUGAUUUUGUAUGGUUUGAUUUUAUUAGACAUUGCAAUACAGAUAAGUUUUUAGAACGUUGCUUAUUUCCUAAACCCUCGUUCAACAGAAUGUAUUUAUCAAAAAUUGUAAAAAGGCACAAAUAUAUGCAGAAUAGAAAAUACAAACAACAUCAAGCCUCUCAUAAAAAGGAAUUGUGGCAGACGCUCAAGUGCGCGCUGACUGUCAAAAAAAAGAUCAACCGACUGAGAAAAGUAAAAAAAUCCAAAGAGGAAAGGGACCAAGAAAGUCCAAUGAACGACGAAAGUCAAUUAGAUUAAUCGAAUCAAUCUCAUCACGUGUGUACCACGCAAUACCCUCCUGUACAUUAUGUAAAUACAUUUGUAAAAUAUAUAAAAUAUAUUUGUCGAUAUGAAAAAUGGAAGUCAGUGUUAAAAAAAAUGUUUUAUUACUUGUAAGCGUUUCUUCGAAGUCAUCGUCUUGUCUUGUUCAUACAUUGUUUCUUUCCGCGCGCUUGCGGCGCGCGAAACAUUUU